ACGUCUGCGCAUUGGCUCGCGUCCCGGCGCGUCGUCCAGGACAUUGAGGAUUGAGCACUGUCAGCAGGUACGUACGAGUACGUACUUGCAAUGGCAGGUUGUAGGGUCAAAAAUGUGUACUAUAACUGCAGGGAGGAUGCCUGGACUCCUAUCGAGUCGGCGCUAAUUAAACUUGUAAGAGAAAACCCUCCACUGUAUACCCGAGGCGGGCGCAGUAGCAGAACUAAGAAACUGAUGGUGUCGAUGAUGUGGAGUGACAUUAGUGAUCAGUUGGGAUUACCAGAUACCCGUUGCCAAGAAAUCUGGAAUCGUAUCGUUGCAGAGUGGGCGAUAGUCAGGCGCCUAAAUAAUUUGGGCUACCCCGUGAAGAAUUUUCCAAGAGCCAAUAAAUUUAUGAAUACGAGCUUUACGUUCCUCGAAAAUUACAUAACCGAUUUGAAAGAUUCGGAAAUACCACAUCAUAUUUAUGACGUUUAUCGUAAACGCUUUUCAAUAACUGGAUCAAUAAUGAGAGCUAGCUGCUCCUUGCCCACUGGCCCCACUAGUGCCGGUAAAACUUCUACUACAACAUCUACCGGUCCUGAUAUUAAAUCAGAAGCAUCUGCUGCAGCUAGUGCCUCGGGAAUAGUUAGCACAGCAGGCGCAUCAGGCACACCUAGCAAAUCUAGCCCCCAAAGCGCCACUGCAGUGUCGGGCACCACUUGCGCCUCUGCACAGUCUAAUACCCCAGCCUCUGCUAAGUCUAGCGCCUCUGGUGAGAAGACCAAAACUGGGAAGGGUUUGUCUCAAACAUCUGAUGACCAUGGCAAGUCAGACUCGAAUACCAAAGCCGAGUCCCACACGAAAUCGGACCGUAAAUCAAAGUCUGGCGCUUACCGCUCCACUGGCCGUAAGUCAAAGCGUAAGUAAACUUUUCACAUCGGAACUCCAUGGUUGUCUUCAUUGAAAAUUUUGAAUUUUGUUGUAUACCUAC